CUUCCACCUCAAUCCCCUGUUUCUGUUCUUUCCAGCGCGGUCUUUUCAAAUCGAAAGCUCUUCACCCCUCCGCUUCCAGCUUCUAACCCUCCCUCCCCCCCUCCCUUCUCCCCCUUUCCCCUACUGUUAGUUUCCUUGUCCUUGCUUGAUCGUUCGCUGCUUAGGAGGUUUUUUCUAAGGCAGGUCAGUUUGCGAUUUCUCUGUGUUUCUGGAUGCUGUGGAAUGGGAGGCGUUCGUAUCGCUGUGCGUGGGCUAGGUUAUGUUACACAUGGCUACAGGGGGAUGCGUGUCCACUGAUAAUUAUUUUGUUCCUCGCUUGAGCAGCUUGAGUACAUUUCGCUUGUUAAAUCGGACAGCUGGAGCACAUCUUAGUGUAAUUGCACCUAACUGGAGUUGUCAGGGCUAGCAGUAAUGGGAGCGGACUGAAAAUUGCAGUGCUUAUGCUUCUCCUUCGCGCCUUCAUCAGUUUACAUUGUCAAGGGUAUUAAAUGUGAAGCGUCUUUGAAUUGGUUCCGACAUUUCAUGGAGCAAGAAGGAGACUAGUCGUGAUGAAUUUGGGAGUACAAACAUUCGUACCGCCCGUAUCGUAUUGGUAUAUUUUGGAACACUUUAACGACAUACUUUAGCAUUACCGACGUGGUCCAGUCGAGGUUUGUUUCCACGUUAAGAUACGAGGGAAGAAGCGUGGAAUUUUGAUUUAGUAGGAUGAUUGUGAGAACGUAUCAACGACGUCGGAGUGGACGCAGUGUAUCCGAUGGCGCACUCGGAGGCGAGGGCUCCCAAUCUCAAGACUCUCCAUGGAGUAGCUCGCAGGAGACGCUUCCACUGUCUCACGAGACGUUCCCGUCCUCUCAGGAAUCGUGCUUGUGGCAAUCCGACAGUUUACCGGACGAGGGUACUGUCCCUGGGUUUGCAAGGCCACGACCGCCUACAUGGCCUAGCAGACAGAUGGAGAAUGGGGGUGUAGUUACAAACGUACCAUUGCUUAAUUCCCAGGACAGUCAAGAUCUGAAUGGCGACGAGUUUAUGGAGAAGUUGGCUCUGGAUGGUGAUCAAGCAGUUAACAGAGUUUCAAACCACAGAACUGAAUGGGGUGGAUCGGGCAUCUCUUCAAUUAGCUGGGGACGUACCACUCCAGCAACGGCAACUUUGCUAGAAGUACAAGAAUCUGGAGAGCUCAUGGCACACACCGAUGAAGCUAAUUUUGCUUUGGAUGGAUUGAAGCCUGGACAACCUUUGCGUGUUCAACGGGCUAGUCUCCAGUCUCUUCUGUCGUUAUGUGGUUCAAUGCAGCGGCGACGACUUCUAAGAACUCAUGGGUUGGUGAAGCCCCUCUUCGAAUCAGUGGUGGCUCUUCCGUUGGAUGACCCUCCUUUGGCUCUGGCAGCAGCUGCGGUUUUGUACUUUCUUGCUCUUGAUGGUCAGAAUGAGGAACUUUUCGAUUCUGCAGCAUGUGUGAGAUUCCUAAUGGGACUACUAGGUUCAUCUCUUUCUCGGCCUGUGAAAAAAACUUCAUCGACAGGUGGCAGUAAGCUGUCAGAGCUUGGAUUCAGAUCGAAAAUCGGUAUUUCAGGCUCGGGUGUUGAUAAAAGUGGAGCUGCUGUUGUCGCUGAAGUACAUCAGCUGUUCGCAAAAGACGAGAAAAAUCCUUUUAGCUAUUUGAACAAAGAUUCUGAAAGUGGAUUUCUUCUUGGACAAGAGAUUUCAUCGAAGUGGCUUGCAUUAUUGACAGUUGAGAAAGCAUGCAUCUCUCCUGUUGUGCUUGACGAUAAUUCCGGGGCUGCACGAAGAAUGGGGGGGUUUUUCAAAGAGAGACUUCGCGAGCUUGGAGGUCUUGAUACCAUUUGUGACCUAGCUGCUGGUUGCCUAAGAAACAUACGGGAAGCGGUGGAGGCUGAGGAGACAGCAGGGGGUAGUAAGAGCAAGUACUUCACAGCACUCGAUAAAUGUGAGAAAAAUGGUGGAGUUGGUAUGCUCUUGAGGUGUCUCGUUGUAAUGGAAAAUGUGACUUUUCUCAGCGAACAAAAUCAGAGACACUUGUUGGAAUUGAGGUUGCCUCGAGUCAGCAAAGACGCUCCAGAUACUUUUAUUGCCCUCAUCAUCACCACUAUCAAGUUGUUGUCCGAGCUUGCUGAUUGCUAUAAGGAAAGGAAAGAAGUUCGCGACAAAUGCAGUAUGGAUAAAAAUGGCGCAAAAGAUUGCAUGAAAGCGGAGAAGGUGGUGGACAAGACCGCCUCGUCAAGCAUCAAGUCCUUCGGGGGUCCCAGCAAGAGUGUCUUCAAUGAAGGCAGCAAGAGGGGGCCAGGUAAAGCUCUUUUGAGGCUCAAGUCAGAAGCGCAUACAAGGCAGCCUUGUGGUAGCGGUACUGAAGCCUGUGGCUUUGAAAGUUCACUUUUCAAGCAGAAGUCAGCUCCUCCAGAAACUCUUGUUUCUAGAACAUUACUACGAAUAUCUGGUACCUCGUCAUCUGCUGCACAGGAGGCAAAGCCUUCAUCAGAAAGCUUAGUUCUGAAGCGAAAAGAAAGCUCUUCCAGGAGCGAUUCGCAGGAUCCAUUUGCAUUUGAUGAUGAUGAAUUCGACUUUGAAUCUGGAAUGGCAAGCAAAAAGAAAGGAAGGAAACUGGGCAAAGUAGAGGAGGCAAGUGACACAGCUAAAACUAGCGGGCGUAGAGAACCAUCUGAUAGCCAAGGUUCUGCAGCAUUGGUAACUACUUCAGAAGAUUACAGAGAGCCCAGUCCUCAUUUGGCUGAAUGUUUGUUGUCUGCUGCCAAGGUUCUUAUGAAUCUUACAAAUAACAAUCCAGUCGGUUGUCGACAAGUAGCAAAUUGCGGAGGUCUGGAUCCAAUUGCUACACUCUUGGUGGCGUAUUUUCCUAAACCCUCAUUUGACACAUUACAAGGAGUAGGUUCUACAACUUAUGAUAAGUUGAAAGGAAAAGGUAGUGACACAGAUCAAGAUUUGGAGAUGGUGGUGGUGGCCCUGGGCGUUUUGUGUAACCUCGUUGAGAGGGAUGAAAUAAACAGGGGUCGCUUAGCAACCUUGGAUGUAGAUUUGCCUCCACACAUUGCCGCAAAAAGAGGAAGAUUUUCAAGCAACUAUGGCAUGAUUUCCUUGCUUUGCGCUUUGUUCUUAAGCAAGCAAGGAGCUGGAGAGGCAGCAGAAGCCAUCGACGAGAAAUUGUCAGAGGUGGAUGAGGAAGUGAAUAUCUUAGAAGGGGAGCGAGAAGCAGAGGACAUGAUUGUCGAGGCUUAUACAGCAGUAUUGCUGGCAUUCUUAUCUCUGGAGAGUGAUGUUGUUCGCUUGGCAAUCGCUCAACGCUUACCUGGAGAUAACCUGAGCUCUUUGGUACCUGUCAUGGAGAGGUUUUUGGCAUUUCAUAUGUCAUUGAACAUGCUCAGUCCUGAAACACAUGCAGCUAUUACAGAGGUUAUCGACUCCUGCCAACAACCAAUGCCUCUUAGGGAGCUACUGGAUUUGACGUGAGGAGCUGGAUCGCUACCAGUUCUUUGCUUUGCUGGCUUAAAGUUUUUCAGUAUACCACAAUUGAUUUAGGCCACCACCUUGAUGGGCUCUUGUAUAAUAGCAUAUUGGAUGUGCUUCUGGUCCUGAUUUGAGGACCCUUUUGUUUAAAAACUUUCUGAUACAUUCUGACUUA